AUGGGUAGUUGCUUCCCAUGGGGAUCAGUGUCUUUGAUACUGUUUCUGUUGUUACAGUCCAUGCUUCACUUGUCCUCUGCAGGUUGCUUCGUGGAGGAGAGAGCUGCUCUACUGGACAUCCAGUCUUCUCUGAUAAGAGCUCGCUCGCUGGUUGCGCUUGAUUCAUGGGCGGAUGAUGGUGAUGAUUGCUGCUCAUGGGAGCGUGUGAAAUGCAACAAUAGCACACAUCGUGUGUCUCAUCUCAACCUUUCCUCUGUAUAUGUCACGACAGAAGCAGAGGGCGAUCCUUAUUUUGGGAGAACAGACGGUGGUCCUUUUUUUCAGAGAACAGAACGUGAUCCUUGGUAUUUUAACGGAACAGUGUUAUCUGCAUUCCAUGAGCUUGAGUACCUCGACCUAUCAUACAACCAUCCCUGUUUGCUAAGCUUGGAGGGGUUGGUUGGACUAUCCAAGCUUCGAUAUCUCGACCUCAGUGACACUACACGGGGAGGGGGGUUCCCAGAAUUUAUCGAACAUGUUGCUUUGCUGGAAGUCUUAGCUCUCAACUAUAACAAAAUGAACAGAAUUCCUCCAGCCGCAGUUGUUAAAAAUCUUAGGAACUUGCGACAAUUGAAUAUGUCUUGGAAUAGCUUCGACGGAAACCUCCCAGAAUCGCUGUUUUCCCUUCCUCGCCUAAAGAUCCUAGAUCUAUCAGGAAAUAACUUCGGUGGGCAUAUUCCAAUUAGUUCAUCCUCGGGACCAAUUGCACUUGAAGUGUUAGAUCUCAGCAUUAAUUUCCUCAGUGGAACUCUCCCGGUUACAGCCUUUAAAAACAUCAGGAACUUGAAUUUGCGUGACAACCAAUUCAGCGGAUCUCUUCCUUUGUCAUUAUUCGCACUUCCUCAUCUGAAGUUCAUAGAUCUGUCCUUCAACAAUUUUGAAGGACGUUUUCCUAUUAAUUUGACUUCAGAACCAGUUCCACUUGAAGUCUUAAAGCUUGACUCUAAUUACAUGAGUGGAGCUCUUCCGAGUGAACGAGCAUUUCAAAAUCUCCAGAACCUACGAGAGUUGUCUUUGAGUUUCAACCAAUUCAGCGGAAACAUUCCAACAUUCUUGUUUUUGCUUCCACAUAUUGAACGGUUGGAUCUCUCAUCAAACUUAUUCAGAGGACCAAUUCCGAUAAAUCCGUCUUCGAAUCUUUCGUUGUCACUGAAGAGUCUUCGGUUCUACCAAAACAAUUUGACUGGUAGGAUUUCUUUCAUUUGGCUUGGAAACCUCAGAAAACUAGAAGAGAUAGACCUUUCAGGCAACGCUAACCUAGCUGUUGACGUUAAUAUUCCUGGAUGGACACCACCAUUCCAAUUGAAACAGUUAGCGCUUUCUGGUUGUGACCUUGAUAAGAACAUUAUUGCGGAACCACAUUUUUUACGCACACAGCGUCGUUUAGAGGUGCUUCAUUUGUCCGACAAUAACUUGUCAGGCAGCAUGCCAAAUUGGUUGUUCACAGAGGAAGCAACACUACAUGAACUACAUCUGGGAAAUAACUCGCUAACUGGAUCAAUAGACCCAAUAUGGCAUACACAACCGUUUCUGCAGAGUAUCGACAUACACAUGAACCAUGUCACAGGACAGCUGCCGGCCAACAUCAGCUCACUAUUUCCAAGAUUGCUUGUUCUCGAUAUUUCUAAUAACAACAUUGUUGGGCACAUACCAACGUCAUUGUGCGAGAUCGACUUCAUGGAAAUUUUAGACCUAUCAAACAACAAGCUUUCUGGGGAAGUUCCAGCUUGUGUGUUCACUAAUUAUUCCUUGCUAAUGACGUUGAAGCUCUCAAACAACAAGCUUGGUGGUCAGGUUUUUGGUGGGUUAAACAGUCUGUCCAACAAUAUAAAGGAAUUGUACCUGGAUAACAACAAAUUCGACGGUACAAUACCUCAUAAUCUGUCAGGAGGAUGUCUAAAGUUCAUGAAUUUGCAUGAUAACGAGCUCUCUGGCAAACUUGAUACUUCAUUUUGGAAACUGCCUUCUUUGGUAAUUCUGAAUCUUUCUGGCAACCGCAUGACCGGCAAAAUUGAUCCACAUAUUUGUGGCUUCACUCAAAUUGGAUUUCUAGAUCUAUCGAGAAAUAAGCUUACAGGGUCUGUACCAAACUGUAGCUUCGUAGCACUGAAUUUUCUUAAUCUGUCUGGGAACUCCUUAACUGGUGAUAUCUCUUUCAACGCACCGAGCCUGAUUGCUUUGGAUAUCAGAAACAAUCAGUUCACAGGCAACCUACACUGGGUACGAUAUCUUGAUAACAUUAGGAUACUUUCCUUGCGAAGAAAUAAAUUUGAAGGGCAGAUUACUCCAAACCUGUGCAAACUCUUGUACUUGAGAGUAAUUGAUUUGUCAUAUAACAAGCUUUCAGGGUCGUUACCAGCAUGCAUUGGUAAUAUCUCUUCCAAUGGUGACACAUAUGAUCAAAUGUUUGACUCUGCCAAUUGGACAAAGGACCCCUACAAUUCUUUCCAUGGCUUCGAAUUCACCUUCUCUACCAAAGGGAAUCCCUACACAUACGGUCGCGGUUUCUUAGUUUCAAUGUCUGGCAUCGACCUAUCUGCAAACAUGUUGGGCGGAGAAAUUCCCUGGGAGCUAGGGAAUCUGAGGCAUAUCAAAUCCCUUAAUCUGUCCAACAAUUUCUUCGUUGGCUCUAUCCCGACUACCUUUGGCGGCAUGGAGGAGAUAGAAAGCUUGGACCUCUCCCACAAUAAGUUGAGUGGACCAAUACCUUUGCAGUUAACCCAGUUAUCUUCUUUGGGUGUGUUCUCUGUGGCAUACAACAACUUGUCAGGAUGCAUACCAAACUCUGGUCAGCUUGGCUCAUUCGGCAUGGACAGCUACCUAGCUAACACCAACCUUCACCAGAUUACACAGGGAAACAUGUGUGUUGCGCCCGAUCCUGUGGCACAUGAAGAUGUGGGAGAGACGCCUAUUGACCCAGCCCUGUAUGCUGUGAUGGCUGCUUCAUUCGUAUUGGGAUUUUGGGCCAUUGUUGCUUUCUCAUUUUGCCAUCCGUACGGGAGGUCUGUAAUUCUCAAGCUGUACUCUGUCCCAAGGAAAAAUUGCUAG